AUGUUACAGUACUCUUGGUCCGAAUUCCAAGCACGUGCCAGUGCCAAUGAAAAUAGCAUGGAAAGAAUGCCCGACGAGGAGGGGCACUCAUCAUUUUUAUCUCUAAACUUAGAUCAUUCUCAACUAUUACUGGCGUAUCUGCGCCUGUAA